GGAGCAGAGAAGGACUGAGAGGAGGACAGACGUAUGCAGACCAGAGCACACCAACUCCACAAAGACGAGACAGGAGAGGAGUUUGCAAGGAGAAAAGAAAGAAAGAGAACAUCUCUUUUGUUACAUGAACAAACUAUAGUGGAUAUCAAAGCUGCAUCACCACAGCUGUGGGAUUUGUGUGGAAGAUCUUUUUUUCUAUUCAUACUCUCCAGUUAAAUAAAAUUAUUCCAACGGACUUGUGAGGUGCAGCAGGACUUGUGGAAGCCAAAGGAGGAAGAAAAACAGAAAGGUGGACAGAAACGAGUAAGAAAAAAAGAAGAGGAGGCUUUGAACAUGCCCAUUGAAGGUAGCAGUUUUGAAUCAAGCAUGGGUAGGCUGGCUGGGAAGUGGAUGUGGCUGCUGAUGCUCUCUGCCCUGAUGUUGGGCAAUGCCAGUGCCUGCCCGGCGCUUUGUACCUGCAGCGGCACCACAGUGGACUGCCACGGACUAGGUCUCAAAACUAUGCCAAGGAGUAUUCCCCGCAACACUGAGAGACUGGAGCUGAACGGAAACAACCUCACACGCAUCACCAAGAGUGACUUUGCUGGCCUGAAGUACCUCAGAGUUCUACAGCUGAUGGAGAAUCAGAUUACAGUGAUCGAGCGUGGGGCUUUUGAUGACAUGAAGGAGCUGGAGAGACUGCGGCUGAACCGUAAUCAACUGCAGCAGCUUCCGGAGCUGCUAUUUCAGAAGAACCCUGGCUUGUCUCGGCUUGAUCUGAGUGAGAACCUUAUCCAGUCCAUCCCCAGGAAAGCUUUCAGAGGAGCUACAGACAUAAAAAACUUCCAGCUGGAUAAAAACCACAUCAGCUGCAUCGAGGACGGCGCCUUCAGAGCUCUGAGAGGCCUGGAAGUGCUAACGCUGAACAACAACAACAUCAGCAGCAUCCCUGUCUCUAGCUUCAACCACAUGCCUAAACUCAGAACUUUCCGUCUUCACUCCAACAACUUAAACUGUGAUUGUCACCUGGCCUGGCUGUCCCAGUGGCUCAGACAGAGGCCUACGAUUGGUCUGUUCACCCAGUGUGCUUCUCCAGCAGAGCUCAAAGGACUCAAUGUGGCAGAGGUCCAGAAACACGAAUUCACCUGCUCAGGGCAUCAGGAGUCUUCUAGCCUGCAGCCGUGCAGCACUGGUGGCGGCUCGUGUCCUGCCAUGUGCACCUGCAGUAACAACAUUGUGGACUGCAGAGGGAAAGGCCUAACUGCUAUUCCAGCCAAUCUGCCGGACAGCAUGUCAGAGAUACGCCUGGAGCAGAACGGGAUUAAGUCUGUUCCUCCCGGAGCCUUCUCUCCCUACAAGAAACUGCGCAGGAUAGACCUGAGCAACAACCAGAUCUCAGAGAUAGCUCCUGAUGCCUUCCAGGGCCUGCGCUCCCUCAACUCCCUCGUGCUGUAUGGAAAUAAGAUCACCGACCUGCCGGGUCGUGUGUUUGACGGCCUCUACUCUUUGCAACUGCUGCUGCUGAAUGCCAAUAAGAUUCAUUGCGUUCGUGCCAAUGCCUUCCAGGAUCUGCAAAAUCUCUCCCUACUAUCGCUGUAUGAUAACAAGAUCCAAACUCUCGCCAAGGGCACCUUCACUUCACUUCGAGCUAUACAAACCCUCCACCUAGCACAGAACCCUUUUAUUUGUGACUGUAAUCUGAAGUGGCUGGCAGACUACCUGCGCUCCAACCCGAUCGAGACCAGCGGCGCCCGCUGCGCCAGCCCACGCCGCCUCGCGAACAAACGUAUUGGACAAAUCAAGAGCAAGAAGUUCCGCUGCUCCGCCAAAGAGCAGUACGUCAUCCCAGGUACAGAAGACACCCGUCUCAAUAAUGCCUGCAACACUGAUCCUGUGUGUCCUCCUAAGUGUCGCUGUGAGUCUAACGUAGUUGACUGCUCCAACCUGAAACUCACCAAGAUCCCUGAGCACAUCCCUGCAUCUACAGCUGAACUCCGCCUUAACAAUAAUGAGAUAACCACUCUUGAGGCAACAGGAGUUUUUAAGACACUUUCCCAAUUGAAGAAAAUUAACCUGAGUAACAACAAAAUCACAGAGAUUGAGGAUGGGGCUUUUGAAGGUGCAUCCUCCGUCAUUGAGCUUCACCUCACAGCCAAUCAAAUUGACUCAGUUCGUAGUGGGAUGUUCCGAGGCCUCGAGGGACUGCGCAUGCUAAUGUUGAGGAACAACAAAAUCAGCUGUGUCCACAACGACAGUUUCACGGGGCUUCACAACGUCCGUUUGCUGUCUCUGUACGACAACCAUCUGACCACCAUUACUCCUGGAGCCUUUGACACACUGCAGACCCUUUCUACUCUAAACCUCUUGGCCAACUCCUUCAACUGUGACUGUCGGUUAGCGUGGCUCGGUGAUUGGCUGAGAAGCAGAAAGAUUGUGACAGGUAACCCUCGCUGCCAGCGUCCGGCUUUCCUAAAGGAGAUCCCCCUACAGGAUGUAGCACUGCCUGAUUUUCGCUGUGAGGAGGGGCAAGAGGAGUCAAGUUGUGUUCCUCGACCCCAGUGUCCCAGCGAGUGUACUUGCCUGGAGACUGUGGUGCGCUGCAGCAACAAGCAUCUCCACACACUACCUAAAGGCAUCCCCAGGAAUGUGACUGAAAUGUACCUUGAUGGAAACCAGUUUAGUAUUGUCCCUAAGGAGCUGUCUUCCUUCAAAUACCUACAGCUGGUUGACCUGAGCAACAACAAAAUCAACUCUCUGACCAACUCAUCCUUCGCUAACAUGAGCCAGCUGACCACUCUAAUUCUGAGCUACAACUCCCUGCGCUGUAUACCCAAAAUGGCUUUCAGUGGACUGCACUCACUGCGGCUGCUGUCUCUUCAUGGCAACGAAAUCUCAGAGCUUCCGGAUGGCAUCUUCAAUGAUGUGACCUCCCUCUCCCAUUUAGCGAUUGGUGCCAACCCUCUGCACUGUGACUGCCACCUGCGCUGGCUCUCUGACUGGGUGAAGACUGGAUACAAAGAACCUGGGAUUGCUCGCUGUGCUGGCCCACAGGGGAUGGAGAGCAAACUGCUCCUCACCACACCUGCCAAGAAAUUUGAAUGUAUAGGUGAUGUGGACACCUCAGUACUGGCCAAGUGUAACCCCUGUCUUUCUGGUCCCUGCCUGAAUCACGGCACCUGUCACAAUGACCCAGUGGAGAUCUACAGGUGUAGCUGUCCUCCUGGAAUCAAGGGCAAGAAUUGUGAAACGGCUCUGGAUGCCUGUGUGAGUAACCCAUGUGCCAAUGGAGGAACCUGCCAAAUGAAAGACGAGGAUGAGGGAGAGUACCGAUGCUCCUGUCUGCUGGGCUUUGAGGGCCCAACUUGCCAAAUCAAUGUUGACGACUGUGAAGACAAUGACUGCGAAAACGGAGCCACCUGCAUCGAUGCCAUCAACAACUAUACUUGUUUUUGUCCCCCCUACUACACAGGGGAGAUGUGUGAAGAAAUGGAAGAUGUGUGUGCUCCAGGAAGAAGCCCCUGCCAACAUCAGUCUACCUGCCUCAUCAGCACCUCUGGACCCAAGUGUGUGUGUUCUCCUGGCUAUGUUGGUGAUGACUGCAGUGUGAACUAUGAUGACUGCAGGGAGCAUCGCUGUCAAAAUGGAGCACAGUGUGUGGAUGAGCUGAAUGGAUAUUCCUGCAUCUGCCCAGAAGGAUAUAGUGGUCAGUUGUGUGAAGUUCUGCCAUCUCCUUUGUCACUGUGUGAGCUGGCCGACUGCCAAAACAACGCCCCAUGUGUGGAGCGAGGUGGACGUGCCCUCUGCCAAUGUCCCCCAGAGUUUGGGGGUCCGCGCUGUGAAAAACUGGUCAGCGUCAACUUUGUUGACAGAGACUCUUAUUUACUGCUCUCUGACCUGAAGAACUGGCCACAAGCUAACAUCACCCUGCAGGUUUCUACAGCUGAGGACAAUGGUAUCCUGUUGUACAAUGGAGACAAUGACCAUAUUGCAGUGGAGCUCUUCCAAGGCCAUGUGAAAGUGAGCUAUGACCCUGGCAGCCAGCCAGGACAUGCCAUUUACAGUACCGAGACCAUCAAUGAUGGUCAGUUCCACACGGUGGAGCUGGUGACCUUUGACCAGAUGGUGAACCUGUCCAUUGACGGGGGUCUCCCUACCACAAUGGACAGCUUUGGGGCGGUGCGGCCCCUCAACGGGGAGGCUCCACUAUAUGUGGGGGGUAGGGGCCCUCUCCAGAACACACCCCCCUCCUCUGCAGGCAUGCCUGUGGACGUCCACUCUGGCACUUUCCGUCUCUGGCAGAUCCAGAACGGUUCCAGCUUCCACGGCUGCAUUCAGAACCUGUACAUCAACAACGAGCUCCAGGACUUCACCAAGACCCAAAUGAAGCCCGGUGUGGUGCCAGGGUGCGAGCCCUGCAAAAAGCUCUACUGUGUCCAUGGCAUCUGCCAGCCCGAUGGGUUCCAGGGACCGGUGUGCCACUGCCAGCCCGGCUGGAGCGGGCCGCACUGCGACCAGCCAGCUCUCAACCCCUGCCAGGGCAGCAAAUGCGUCCAUGGAAAGUGCAUUCCUCUGGACUCACAGUCAUACCGCUGCGAGUGUGAAGAGGGCUACCGAGGCGCGCUAUGUAACCAGCGUGGAGAGCUGUUCAACCCCUGCCGCCGUCUCUCCUGCAAACACGGUCGCUGCCAGAUAUCUGACACUGGUGACGCAUACUGUCACUGCGAAAGUGGCUACACAGGGGAACUCUGUGAUGCAGAGUCUGAAUGUCGAGGUGAGCCGGUGCGAGACUUCUACCAGGUGCAGCGAGGUUACGCCAUCUGUCAAACAACCCGUAUGGUCUCCUGGGUGGAGUGCACCGGAGCUUGUGACACAGGGAGCUGCUGCGUCAGCCAGAGGCUGAAACGCAGAAAAUACACCUUUGAGUGCAGCGAUGGAACGUCCUUCACCGAGGAGGUGGAAAAGACCAUCAAGUGUGGCUGCGUGGGCUGCAUGUAGCACCGUUCACUUGCACUUCCUGCCGCUGCUGCAGAGUAGAAGAUGGAAAGCAAGGAACGAAGGAAGGAAGAAAACUGCUGAAAGGUGGAGGAGAGAAAGCAAGAAUGAAAGAGAUUAUACAGAAUAUAUAUAAAACCUCUAUCUAUAUAUUAUGGACAACAAUGUUUGUAAAAUAGGACAUUUCCUCUGAGGGUGUGUGACCUACAGUGAAACAGAAACAAACAUCCCAAGCAUCUGUGUAGGAGUGACAACAACAAAAAUAAAACCAUUGUAUCUGCAACAUUGUUCCAAGGGGUCCAGAGAUUUUGUAGGUGUUGCAUUCCAAGUGAGGCAUCCUUCCUACCCAAACUAUCUGUUAUAAACACCCAUCUGUCUGUGAGGCCUUUAAAGGCUCAGCCACCAUCGUCCUUCUUUAGCUCAUGGUGGUAAGAAGGACAACAUGGUUUAUUUUAGCUUCAGAGAGAUAAGAAGGGAGCUGAAUCUUUUUGAGUCUUGAGUUGUGCUUGGCAUAGUUACCUGGAUAGUGUUGGAUAUGGUUUGGGUUUAGUUGAAGUAGCCAUCAAGCCUGAUGCAGCCAUUUCACCCCCAGGAUACUGUCGUCCAUCCUCACACCUACAUGUCAAAUUGAACGUGAGGGAAAAGGAAACGUAAGGGCAGAGCUGUGCAUUGUUGUGGGUUAGAGGCGAGGUGCUGAAAAGGGUUUCUAAACUCCCAUGACAUAGAAGUCCCCCGCAAAUAAAGACUGCAUGGACUAGCAGCACUGAAAAACAGGAGCCAAACACACUUCUGUGUAAUACAAGGUCACACAUGAGUGGUACACACAUGAUCCCGACACAGCUUGGGGGGGGGGGCAGUGUGGCGCAGCUGUUCCCCUUUGUUCGUUCAGUAAAAGCGGCCGUGGCAGAGGCAGUGCCCCCAGAGUGUAUCGCCUCAGGGUGGGGAUGUUUGCAUAACCCUGCUCCUGUGAUGCCUGCAGUAUUGAACCACCGCAAACUGUUGCAUGUGUGGAGAGUUUGCCAACAAAUAUGUAAAGAUUUUUCCGUAUUAUUAUGAAGAUUAUUACAAAAGGUUUCGAGUCACAUUUUGUUGUUUUUAUUUUCUUCCAUUUCCUUAUACAUUUCUUUUUGGUAUAUUUUGUUAAAAUUUGUCUCAUGAUGUAUUCUAACCUCUUUAGUUGCCCCUGCCUACCCCUCCUUAUAUUGCAAUGCAUAACAGAUUCUAAUAUAUAUAUAUAAAUAUAUUUGUAUUUCAUUUUGGUAUAGUAUUUUUCUAUGUUAAAGAGUACGUCUGUGUUAGGAAGCAUUUAGACUGACGAAAAGGCAUUAAGUUGGUUUAGUUGUGUUUCCUAGUUGUUUUUUAUCUGUUGAUCUCACCUUUUCCAGCAAAGAAAUUAUUUGAACUGGCCUCAAAUGCAGCAUCGGGCCUUGUUGUAUGAAAGUCAGUAUUGGUCUAGAAAAAUUGUUAAAUAUUGUAUAUGUUGUCUUCCAUGUGAAUAUUACAUAUAAUUCAUGAAAAUCUGUGCUUGUUUUUAUUUAUUUUAAGAAUAAGUGUUCCUAGCAUUCAAAUUUGAAAAAAAGAAAAUCCAAAAAAUAUUUAAAAUGAUAAAAUGGUUUUUAAAAAUAGCAGGAAAGAAAAUCCAUACGGUGUUUGUAACGUCACUUUCAUAGUGAGCUACAACAGUGUUUUUCCCCACCUGUGGCUCAUAUGUUGCCACAAUUCUGUGGUAGAUCGGAGCUCAGAGGGAAAUGUCCCGCUCAAAUUUACUUUGUAAAUUAACUGACCACACAUAAACCCUUCCAACUGUUUUCAUGUUUCUAUGGUAUGGGCUGCAUUUUUAUCAUUUCAAUCUGAGAGAUGUUUGCCAUAGAACAAAGAUGUUUUGUGUUUGUUCUUCAGUUAAGUUUGGCUCAACUGAUCAUAAGCUGCUGUCAAGCCACAAGAAAAUGGGAAAAGGUUGCUUCUGUGGACACUGAUCAUGUUAAGGUGGAUCAUCCUUAGAUCUCUUUUUUUCAGGGGCAACUGUGAGAAGCAUUACAUGCCAACUACUGACAGAUAACAAGGAAAGCCUGGACAUGUUCAUCGUCUGUCAGUUCGGACUGAUUAUCCUCACAAAAAAAAAAGCAAAAGAUGCCAAUUCUAGUGAGCAGUCAUCAAACCUGAAUGUAUAAAUGUGUAUAGAUAAAUAUGAGCUAUGCUUAUUCAUGAAGUGGUGACUAUUAGCUGUUAUUUAGUUUCCAAUGUAAGAUACAGGCAAUUGCAUUUAGAGAGAAUGAUGGCCCAUCAGAAUCUUCUGUCUGGGACUGUGUUUCUCUAAAUGGUUCAUUAUGGUGUAAAAGGCUGCAGUACAGAGUCACAUCAUCCAGGUUCCAGUUCAUGUUGCUACCCAUGCUAACUUUGUUUUUGAUGCUGUAAACGUGAUGCCAGUGUUGUACAAAAACAUUACAGAAAAUCUGUUGAAUCACACUGAUGAGCGGUCACUGUAAUAUUUAGGCUCUGUGCCUCAUAAAGGUGCAUAUUUUUAAUUAAAUGUGACUUUCUCUUCA